CCAUCACCAUGUCGCGCCCUCAGACACUGCCGCAGCUGCUCGCGCGCCUCUCCACGGGCGCCGGCGCACACGCCAUGCCGACACUCGCGUCGCUGCACCUCUCCUACCCGACGACGGGCGCCGGCAGCGCCGGCGCGCGCCGCUUCGCCAAGCAGAUCCUGCCGCGCCUCAAGUUUGCCAACCCGCGCGUCGCCGUCGAGUGCGACGUGUGGCGCCCCGUGGCGACCAAGGGCCUCGCCGAGGAGGAGGUGGAGCGCGUCACCAAGGAGGCCGCCGAGCAGGGCCUCGACAAGCGGCGCGCCGUCAUGUAUGUGCAGUUCGGUAAGUGUCGGCCCAUGCAUGCCGCGGGCAGCGGCGAGGUAUGCAGCUGCUUCGUGCUGGUGCCGCCAUGCUCGAAGCAUGUGCCUCACAGCAGGUCAACAGCGCUGCAUAGUGGCUGCACCUCAUGCUGACACGCUUGACCCAGACGGCAUGACACGGCGAGAGAUUGUGCUGGACAAGCCAGACACGACAAUACUGCGCGAGCUGCUCGCCAUGGGCGGCUUCGCACAGCCGGCGCCGCCGACGAUGCCUGCCACGCUGCUCGCCGCCUCG